CCGCUCCGGCUGCAGCGCCGGCUGCAUCAAUAAUUCAGAGCGGCGGCGGCGGCGGCAGCGGCGGGUGCGGGCAGGAGGCGGCGGCGGCAGUGGGAGCGAGCAGCAGCGGCUAUGCAUCCAAGUGCGGCUGGGCAGCCGCGGCACCCCUGAGGCCGGGGCGGGGCUCCGGGAACACAGCGUGGAGGGGACGCUCGUCCCGUAGUGCGAGGAAGAGCUGUAGUGUCCAGAGCGGCGGCGGCGGAGCUGCGCACGGAGCUGAGGAGGGGGCUUUGGAGCGGGACUGGGACGGGGGGGGGCGGCUGGCGCGAGCAGCCCCGGGGGUGGGGGGCGGGGUGGGCGCCGGAGGCGCGAUGCUGGGCGCCGUAGAGCUGCUGCUGCUGGGGGCCGCGUGGCUGGCGGGCCCGGCCCGCGGGCAGAAUGAGACGGAGCCCAUCGUGCUGGAGGGCAAGUGCCUGGUGGUGUGCGACUCCAACCCCACGUCCGACCCUACGGGCACAGCCCUGGGCAUCUCUGUGCGCUCCGGCAGCGCCAAGGUGGCUUUCUCUGCCAUCAGGAGCACCAACCACGAGCCGUCCGAGAUGAGUAAUCGCACCAUGAUCAUCUACUUCGACCAGGUACUAGUGAACAUUGGGAGCAACUUUGAUUCAGAACGCAGCACUUUCAUCGCCCCGCGCAAAGGGAUCUACAGUUUUAACUUCCACGUGGUAAAAGUCUACAACAGACAGACCAUACAGGUGAGCCUCAUGCUAAACGGGUGGCCGGUGAUUUCAGCCUUCGCUGGUGACCAGGACGUGACCCGGGAGGCCGCCAGCAACGGAGUCCUAAUCCAAAUGGAGAAAGGCGACCGAGCAUACCUCAAGCUGGAGCGGGGAAACUUGAUGGGGGGCUGGAAGUACUCGACCUUCUCCGGAUUCCUCGUGUUUCCUCUCUGACUGGCUCAUAGCCUGAAGGGAGGCAGGGAGAGGGCGAAGGCAGAAAGGGGAGUGAAAAAGAGGCUGAAAUUAAGAGGGAGAGAAAGCAGCACGACUUGAAACUUCCUACAUGUUCUGUAACUGUAUCUGGGUAAAAAGGUGCGCGCCAGCGGUGGGACAACUUUGUCCAUUUCCUUAUUAGGAGACAUAAAUUUCGCUUAGCUCUGCGCAAUCCCGUUUCCAAAAAUAAACACGCCUCCCCCAUUCCAGUUGCAGUAAUCAAGAAAGAGAUGGCCUUGUCAUUGUUUCUUAUCCCCCAACUUCAUGUUCCCUGCAAUUUAUUUAAAGAAACUUUGUAUUUCACUACAUAAUCUGAAAUCUUUCUCCCUAGCCCCCUCUGAAUCCUUCUGCCUACUGAAAUCUAAUAUAUUCCCCGCCCCCAACCUUUUUUUUCAGUUUGGAGAGGGGGUAAGGUUUUUUUUUGUUAUUGUUGUUUUGUUUUGUUUUGGAUGGGGAAGGUAGUUUUAAUUUGGCAAGUGUUGCUCUUCUUAAAACACUGCUCAAGUUAAUUAGCUGAAGAUACUUAGUGUCCUCGGCUGCUUGUUAGCAGAGAAAGGACUCACCUUAGUGGUGACUGGUUUAAAAAAAUAUGAAUAUAUAUCAUUUGUACACGAAGAACUCUUCCCAGUGGAAACUGGCUGUGUUUCCGUAUUUCUAUGUCCUACUCGGAGUGAUCGUGAAAUCUAAGGCUGCUUGAUGUUCUGAUGCUUGUCAAUGCCGUCGUGCUCUGUGGCUCCACGAAACGCCAAGGAGCUUCUUCGGGACGCUUCCUCUUCCCCUGUAACAUACGUGUGAAUAGCCAAGAUUUAAUUUUGCUUUAAUCUAAUAAAGUCGAAGCGGGACUUUUAUUUUUUCUGAAACAGCUUUCUAAGCUCUGCAUCUUCCCCAGCUGGGAGGUUGGGGGUCGGGGGUGCCAAAGGGCGAGGUUCUGAAGGGCAGGAGACUUGGGAGAACGUAACCAUAGAAAGGCCUGGGCGCGAGGGCUUCCUCGCAAAGCCAGCCUUGCCCUUCUUCCUGCGCCAGGCCAGGGGCCAGCACUGCAUUCGCCUGUGUUUACAGCUUUGGCGCAAACGUAAGAAACGUGGCCGAUAUCUUCCUUGGCCAGGCGCGGCCGCCAACCCGGGAGCGAAGUUUGAUUUUUUUCUUUGCGUUCCAAAUGCAUCAGGAAUAGUCCCAGUUUGAGGACCCAAACCACUCUGCCUGGAGCGGCAGACUCCUCACACCUUCUGUCCCCGGAUAUCUCCCACCGCGUCCGCCCCGCAGUUCCCGAAGCAGCGUAUGUUUUAUACACCGCCUCUGAAUCCGGAGGAGUCCACCCGCCGCAUACUCGGGCGCCCAGGACCUAUGAUUCCGCUCAUUCACAGGACUUUAUUCAAGAGGUUCGUCCAGGAGUUUUAAUUGUAUCGGAACAUAAUGUGAAAGCAAAAUUGAAAUAAACGACUUCGUUUUAAGUCUGGAA